AUGAGCGAAGGAUGUUUCAGCUUGGAAGAGUUCUAUGCGAUCGGCUUGGCUUUUGGGCCGCAUGCUUGGGAAGUCGAGCUGAGGGAGACGUUUGACUUCUUUGACUUCGAUUGUGAUGGGAAGAUAGCGGCGAAGGAAUUGCUUAACCAAGAAAAAAUGGCAGAACAGUUAACGGAGGAGCAGAUAGCUGAGUUCAAGGAAGCCUUCAGCCUUUUUGAUAAGGACGGCGAUGGUUGUAUAACCACUAAAGAGUUGGGAACAGUUAUGAGAUCACUGGGUCAGAAUCCCACUGAAGCUGAACUGCAAGAUAUGAUCAGGGAAGUUGAUGCUGAUCAAAAUGGAACAAUUGAUUUUCCUGAGUUCUUGAAUUUGAUGGCUCGGAAAAUGAAGGAUACUGACUCGGAGGAAGAACUUAAAGAAGCUUUCAAGGUCUUUGACAAAGAUCAAAAUGGCUUUAUUUCUGCUGCAGAGCUUCGUCACGUGAUGACAAACCUUGGGGAGAAGUUGACAGAUGAAGAAGUGGAUGAGAUGAUACGAGAAGCAGAUGUGGAUGGUGAUGGCCAAGUAAAUUACGAGGAGUUUGUGAGGAUGAUGCUUGCGAAGUGA